GUGUGACACCUGAUGAGGAAGUAAACAAUGAAAAGCCUUCAGCAGCAUUUUUCCUGAUGUGUGGAAGUUUUUACAACUGUUGUUUUGUCGUGUCUCAGAUGAAAUUUGUCAGAUGAAGUAACGAUGAGUUCAGUCCAGAAUCUGAGAGAGUUGAUCAACGAGCGACUAACUGCUGCUGCUGAAGAAAUAUUCACGAGUUUGAGAAAACCAUCGUCCAGUACGAGGAGGAGAUCGAUCGUCAGCGCAGACUGCUGGAUAACAUCUGGAAACCCGAAACACACACAUCAGAUCUCCCACAGCAACAUCUCUGUCAAAAUGAGGACCAGCAGCUCUGUACCCAGGAGAGACCCUCCAGUGGAGUGGGAGUACCCAAAGCCUUCACAGAUUAAAGAGGAACAGGAGAAACUCUUGACCAGUCAGGGGCCAGAUCAGUUUGUGCUGAAGCAGAGGACUGAUAUGUUGACUCAGUGCACAUCCAAAUGUGAAGAGUUUUCCAGAGAAAUAUUUGGUGUCUUUGAAAAAACACUCAUCCACUAUGAGGAAGAGGUUGAUCGUCGGCGCAGACUGUUGGAUGCCUUUUGGAAACCCAAAAUACAGUUAAACAGAAUAGAUGUACAAAAGGAACCCAUAUGUAGGGAGAAGGAGGUUCUCGCUGACCAGUUGCUUUGUUACCAAGAGAGGAACCACAGUCUGCAACAGUCCGACCCAGAGGCUCCACAAAUUGAAGAGAACCAGGAAAAACUCUACACCAAUCUGACCCAGGCAGAACCAGAACCUCAACAGAUUAAACAGCAGCAGGAGAAACUCUGUAGUAGUCGGGACCAGGAGGACCCAGAUCCUCCACAGAUUAAAGAGGAACAAGAGGAGCACUGCACCAGUCUGAAUUAUGCACAAACAGAACCCCGAAUGAUUAAACAGGAUGAGGAGAAACUCUGCACCAGUCAAGAGAUACAGCAACUUGUACUGAAGCAGGAGACUGAUACCUUAAGAGUGACUUCCACCCAUGAAGAAAGUGACCGCCGUGAACCGGACCCAAACAGUAACCAGCUCCUCUUUUACACUUUUCCUGUAACUGAGAGCCCAAAAUUCCAAAUUCAAGAACAUCACAGACCCCACACAGGUGUGAAGCCAUAUGCCUGUAAAACAUGUGGGAAAACUUUCAAUCGACGUGAUCAUUUAUUGUCUCACAUGAGAACACACACAGGUGAGAAACCAUAUUCUUGUGAAACAUGUGGGAAAAGUUUCACCCAGAGUGGUAAUUUGUUGUAUCACAUAAAGACUCACACAGGUGAGAAGCCAUAUUCCUGCAACACGUGUGGGAAAAGUUUCAGUCUAAGUAGUCGUUUGACUGUCCACUUAAGAAGUCAUACAGGUGAGAAGCCUUAUUCUUGUGAAACAUGCGGUAAAAGUUUCACUCAACGUAGUCGUUUGUUGCACCACAUGAGAACUCACACAGGUGAGAAGCCUUAUCCUUGUGAAACAUGCGGGAAAAGUUUCACCCAACGUGGUUGUUUGUUGCACCACAUAAGAACUCACACAGGGGAAAAGCCGUUUUUUUGCAACACGUGUGAAAAAAGUUUCAGUCGACGUGAACAUUUAUUAUCCCACAUCAAGACUCACACAGGGGAAAAGGCCUAUUCUUGUAAAGCUUGUGGUAAAAGUUUUACUCAACACUGUCAUUUGUUGCGCCACAUGAGAACUCACACAGGUGAAAAGCCCUAUUCUUGUGAAACUUGUGGGAAUAGUUUUAGUCAGCGUGGUCAUUUGAUUGUCCACAUGAGAAUUCACACAGAUGACAAGUUGUAUUCGUGUGAGACGUGUGGGAAAAGUUUCAAUCAACGUGGUAAUUUAUUCUACCACAUGAUGACGCACACGGGUAAGAAACCUUACCCCUGCCACGCAUGUGGAGAAAGAUUUAAAUAUGCAACGUCACUGAAAAAUCAUAUGAAAACUCACACGGAUGAAAAAUUGUAAUCUGGAAACAUUUGUGGAAAUCAAACUUGAAAAAACAUCUAAGAAUUUGUUCAGGUUCAAAUUUGUUCAGUUUCAAAAUAGAUCUUUGUUAUUCAAAGUGCCUUGUUUUACAUUCAAACUGUACUGUAAUACCAAUUCUGUGAGUUUAUUGGAUAUCGCACUGUGGAAGAAGGAUCUGGUAAAAAUCUGUGAAACUGUCCAAUGGAUACAUGCUGACUAACAGAAGAACAUUGAAUUUGCAAAAGAAAUACGAUGGAAGGUGUCCUAUACUGAUGAGGAAGGACCGAAUUCAUUUAUUUUUUGUUAUCAGUUUUUAAUAUAUCUGAGAACAUAUUAUAAUAACUUACACAAGUUUUUUUGUUUGGUUUUUUAAAAUAUUUUUUAAAAUGUUAUGUUCAUCAGUGAGUCCGUUAGUUGAAGUCCUGUUCAUCUUAUUUAGAUCUGAUGCAUGUCUUUGGAUGGUUCUUUGGAAGUUUGUUUGUAUGCAAAUCAAGAAAAGAAACGAAACUGGAUUUCUACGCAGUAACAUCUGACAGUAAUAGUAAAUGAAUUUCAAAGAUAGUGUUUCAGUUGGGCUGCACAGUGGAGUAGUGGUUAGCACUUUUGCCUUCCAGCAAGAAGAUCCCUGGUUCAAAUCCCGGGGUGGGCCUGGGAUCUUUCUGCAUGAAGUUUGCAUGUUCUCCCUGUUCAAAACUGUUUAACGAGAAGUUUUCACCAAUUUUAAGUUAAAAAUUAACUGUCUCUGUUUACGAUAUUCAGAAUAGAGUCUCUUUGGUAGAAAGUCAAUGUAACAAAAGUUACAUUGUCGAAAUAUCUUUCAUUACUGGUAUUUAAAUAUUUUAUUUUUCAGUCGAUGGCAGACUCCAUCCUUCCUCAGCAUCGAGGAUAUCAGUGUUGUGCAAAUUUCUAGACAGAUGUUCUGCCAGACAUUUUUUCCAGCUUCUUUGCUGGAGAGGUUGUCGUCAUCUGUUAGUCUCCCUAAAGUAUCCCAAAGGUGUUUUACUGGAUUACAGUCAGGCCACAGUUUUCACUUCUUUUCUUUUUGAUGAAUUGGCUGUUUGGAUGGUUCUCAUGCUGGAAUAUUCCUCUUCUCCACAAUCCUGCAAGCUGGGACUCAUCUUGUCAGCCAGAAUUUUGAUUUCACAAAUUUCAUUUCACAUUCAUGGUGCUUUUAUAAAUAUCAUCUCCUCACCAUAUUUUGCACUGAUGCAGCCUCGUAUCACAUUUUAUCACACUAAGCCUCCAUGAUUCAGUGAUUGUGACUAUGGAUGGGAAUGUGACUACAAGUGGAAAAUUGCAAUAGUACAGAAAAGGUCCAACUACUAUAAAGAAGGGAAGAUAGUACAAAUUUGGCAUGAGGAAAGCAGAAACACUUGAAUGGAUUUUGAGAAUUUCCUUUCUGCAGAUCAGUGAAAUGUAAAUCCAUUGAGAAGUUAUGACUCAUUUCCUUUGUUUUCUUUUAGUGCAGCAUUGAUCUCCAGUUUGACUUGUCUUGUUGCCAAUGAUAUGUUCAAUAAACAUGAGAUUUAGUGUAAUGUAUGUCCAUCACAUUGUCAAUUGAAGGGUUUGGAAGCAGAGUGGUCUGACCCACUUUCUGAAGUUUUGAGAGAAAUCGGUUCAAGUUUUGUGUUUUCAAGAAUGGCCUAACAUUCCAAACACCACUAUGACACUGUAUUUGGGUUAGACCACUUUGCCAUCAAAAUCUAGACCAUAAAAUACUGCAGAAAUUAUUUAAAACUCAGUUUUGAUUUUUUGUGGUUAGGCCACUCUGCUUCUAAACCCCUCAAUUAUUAUCAGAUUAUCUGUUUAGUGACAUUUAAAUGUCUGUUUGGGAAUACUUUGUACGUUAAAUAUAGUCCAUAUGUUGGCAAGUGUUAACAUAAAGGACAAAAUGUAACUUUGCACAUGUAAUGGCGAUAUAUAGAUCCAUAGCACAUCAGCUCUACUGUUAAUACAAAAUUAGUAAAUAUCGCCUUUUUGGCAAAAUAACAAAA